GGAAAUGUUAGUUUUAUAAAGAUAAAGAUGGAUGAAUAAGUAUUGGAAAAGAAGGUGAAAUGAAACACUCAAGAUUCUGUUCUUAUUGCUCAUAGUACAUAAAGCCAAAAACGGACAUGACUUUCAUUAUUUAGUUGUUUUGUUUUUAUGAGAAUACUUAUAGUUCAUUCCUGAGGAUAAAACAUUGUUAAAACAUACUGGAUCCGUCUGUGUCGGAUUGAGUACCGACACAGACGGAUCCUGUGUUGUUGGUGUCAAUAGUAUCAUACUUUCAUUUCCGGACAUUUAAGCAUCCUGAAUCCAUUCUUAUGCGGUCUCACUUCGGUAGAAAACCCAUAAUCUCAUCAUGUACUGCAGAAAUUUAAAAAAAAAAACUUGAAAUUCUGUGAUGUAGUUGCUCCCUAUUUACAUAACAUGAAGAUAUCAAUACAGUUUGAUCUCCCAUUUUUGGGUAGGAUACCUCUGUAAUUCUCUAGUGGUGAGUCUCGAGUUGCUUCUACAUGCAACCUGUAACUUUUUGUGAACAGCUUCAAUUAUCUGGGGAUUCUGGCCAGCAUAGUUUUGACUGCAUCAGUGGUAAUCAUUCGGACCUUGACUUGUGUGAUCCAUGGCUUAUGUGACUGAGGUUUGAGGCAAUCAGUUGUAAGUGUUUUUUGAAGUGACAGUCCCUUCUCCUCGCUUGACCCUGCAUAUUUCAGAGUUCACUUCUGUUGAAGUUCAGAGUCCCUCAAGAACAGCCAAGAUGUCUCGAAAAGGUCUGAUGGAGCAGGAUUUAAGCAAGCUGGAUGUUGCGACACUACAUCCACUUUCACUAGAAGUUAUUUCUCGUCAGGCUACAAUCAAUAUUGGCACAAUUGGUCAUGUGGCACACGGGAAGUCAACCGUUGUAAAAGCCAUAUCUGGUGUUCAGACUGUUCGUUUUAAAAAUGAGUUGGAACGCAACAUUACUAUUAAGCUUGGAUAUGCCAAUGCAAAGAUAUACAAAUGUGAAGAUGAAAAGUGCCCUCGACCCAUGUGCUACAAGGCAUAUGGUAGUGGAAAGGAAGAUAGUCCUUUGUGCGAUGUGCCUGGAUUUGAGAACUGCAGGAUGAAAUUGCUGAGACAUGUAUCAUUUGUUGAUUGCCCGGGUCAUGAUAUUCUCAUGGCUACAAUGCUUAAUGGAGCAGCAAUAAUGGAUGGAGCAUUGCUUCUUAUAGCGGCCAAUGAAAGUUGUCCCCAGCCUCAAACUUCUGAGCACUUGGCUGCUGUUGAGAUAAUGCGUCUCCAACAUAUAAUAAUUCUUCAAAACAAGGUUGAUCUAAUUCAGGAAAACAUAGCCAUCAACCAGCAUGAAGCAAUUCAGAAAUUUAUUCAAGGAACUGUUGCUGAUGGUGCACCAGUGGUACCAGUCUCAGCACAGCUCAAGUAUAAUAUUGACGUUGUGUGUGAAUAUAUUGUGAAAAAGAUCCCCAUUCCUGAGAGAAACUUUAUUUCACCACCAAAUAUGAUUGUAAUCCGCUCUUUUGAUGUGAAUAAACCUGGGUUUGAGGUUGAUGAGAUACGAGGUGGUGUUGCCGGUGGAAGCAUCCUCAAGGGUGUAUUGAAGGUAAAUCAAUACAUUGAGGUUCGUCCUGGGAUCGUUGUUAAAGACGAGAGUGGCAACAUCAAAUGCACCCCAAUCUAUUCUAGAAUAGUUUCAUUGUAUGCUGAACAAAAUGAAUUACAAUAUGCGGUGCCAGGAGGCCUAAUAGGCGUUGGCACAACCAUGGACCCCACUUUGACACGUGCUGAUCGGUUGGUGGGACAGGUUCUUGGGGAGGUUGGGUCACUCCCUGAUGUUUUUGUUGAAUUAGAGGUGAAUUUCUUCUUGCUGCGACGGCUUUUGGGUGUGAGGACAAAGGGGACAGAGAGGCAGGGAAAGGUCGCAAAGCUGGCAAAGGGAGAGAUCCUUAUGUUGAACAUAGGAUCUAUGUCCACAGGGGCACGUGUUGUUGCUGUGAAGAAUGAUUUGGCUAAACUGCAACUCACAUCUCCUGUCUGCACUAGCAAGGGGGAGAAAAUUGCGCUCAGCCGGAGAGUUGAGAAACACUGGCGUCUUAUUGGUUGGGGCCAGAUUCAAGCUGGUACUACACUUGAGGUCCCACCCUGCCCCAUCUAAGUGAACAAGACUCUUACUUAAAAGGAACAAAAAAAACUAGUAGAACAAUACAAAACUCGCGAAUCGAUGUGGGAAGGCAGAGAGCUGCUUGGAACAAUUUUUGUCCGGUGGAGGAGAAAAAACGGUUUGCAGUUUCGGAUACUCUUAUUUUCGAGAUUCUUUUUAUGCAUUUCUCUUUAACAUUUGGUAUUGCUUUCUACCUUGUGCUGAUUCUUUAGGUGCAUGUUGGAUAUUGAGUUGUACUCGAAUCAGUGAGCUUCUGGCUGUUCCAUAAAUCAAGACAAUUACAUCCCUGGCAGUAGUUGGCCUUUGUGUUUCUUUUAUGGUUUGCUGCAGUUGUAUUACAUUCCUUACCUAUACCUGAGUUUUAUUUCCCAUGUCCAGAAACACACGAGUAGGAUUGAUCAUCUUUUGUUUUUGUUUGUUCAACAAGGUGUUGUAGACCAUACUAUGCCAUUUUAGGUCACCUUUUUGGCAAAGUAGUAGGUAUUUGAUUGUAUCUGAGCUAUUUAUCGUGACUGUCAAUGCUUAUUUUGCCUGGAU